AUGUAUUGUUCUCCAAACCGUAGCCUCAUCGGACAGGGUGGGACUAACCCUGAGAUCCUGAAGUUCGGACACAACUCAGAUAAGACUUCUGCCAGAAGGCGAAAGUGAUCCCUGACUUAUGUUCAGGCGCAAGCUCUUCAUAGGUUGCCGACAGCUGCCUUAUCAAGCCUGGGCCGAAACAAAUACAAAAUUUCAGUGGAGAGAAGUGAAGGUUUCAGGAUAAAAUAAUGUGCUUCCAUUGAAAUUCAUGAGAAAAGAUAGGCAAGAAAUCGCUUCAUCGAAGACGCCAUGCAACAGGUACUUAAAGCCGUCAAAGGUUGGACGCAGCCUUGACCCAACAGGUUCUUUUGAUUCCUUCUAUACGCCCAGUUCGAUUCAGGCAAGGAAGAAAGAGCGGUUGGAGAGCCUGUUCAAAGAAGGACGUAAAUUUGAGACUAUAAAGUACCACUAUGAGGAGAAUAAAGCUCAUGAUUCCCCAUGGAAGCACAUUACUGAGUUCAUCCUGAACUGAGAUACCAGUAAGAUCAGGGAGCAGAAGCUAGACCAUAAAUUCCCCUUCUUCUAUGAAGAUGCAAGUAAAGGCUGGUGAUCGAGGAAGUUACAUAAGAAUUCAAAGAUGAAGCCUUUGGUGUCACAGAAAUCAGCAGUGAUGGGAGGAAUCCAUUCGCCACUUGAGAAUAAUAGAAAAUCAGAAAAGCUUGGAAAAAUCAAAGAGAAGACUAUUGCUGAAGAACAGGGUAACACCAAGGAGCCAACUCUGAAGCUGAACCUUAAUAAGCUAGAUGAGAUAAGCUCGUCCAUAUCAAAAACAUUGAUCACAGAUAGAGCCUUUCCCAGGCAGAAAGCCAAGAACCAUCUCCUUGAUAAGAGGUGGAAACAUCUCCUCUCAAGGAUGAAAGGACACAACAAGUUGUGUAAAAACCGCUGCGAACAAAAGAAAUGAAACGAAACCCAGGAUUUCCCAGUGCCUCAGAAAAAGUUUUUAGAUGAUGCUACAAUUAAGUCUUUACAGAGGUUCCCAGUGUGUAAUAGAUCGAGGAGUGUCAUGGACCAAAAUUCAAGACAGGAGCCGACACAUCAUAAUAAAGAGCCAAUCAAAUUAAUUAAAAUGAAUACAGAGAAAUUUACUACAAUUAGCAAGCUGAAUAAGAAAUUUAUGUCGAAGAUAGUAGCUAAUGCAGGGCCAAGAAACACAGAUAGAAUCCUAAUGGAAUUUAAGCCACUUCCUAGCUUCAAAAUUCCGAAGAAAAAGAAGAUUAACCCAACUAAGUCUCAAAAAUUAUAUUCAGAGGGCUCGACAUUGAACUUUUCUACAGAUCCUUAUCUGUACCCACCAAGGACUAGGAGCAAGCGAAAGGAUUUCUCCAAAGCUUAUGCAUCAAUGAUUACGUAUGAAAAGAAAAAGAGAUUCAACUCACCUAAGUCUAAAUCUUUAAAAUCACAGAAGAAGAGAUCCCAGCCCAGGCAGGGCAAGAAGGGUCUCAAGCUCGAUAAGGAGAAGAUCCAGACCUGGCUGGAUCAGAAAUGAAGAAUGAUGGUGUAAAGUCUCUCAAAAAUUCCAUGAAAAUUCAAUAUUGUCA